CUAGCCCGCAACUACACACCACUGUUCCGUGUAACUGCGGCUGGAAUGGGUCGUGUUGUGACGUCGGAGCGCCAGUCUGCCCGUAGUCGUCGCUGCUCAACUCUAUCGUAAAUCGUUGUGUUUAGCAGAGGAGCUAUAAACCUGCUUGUUGCCAGGUGAUUCAGAAUGGGGGAAAAGCCAAUUUGGGAACAGAUAGGAUCCAGCUUUGUGCAACAUUACUACCAGCUCUUUGACACUGACAGGACCCAGCUUGGAGCAAUAUAUAUUGAUGCAUCAUGCCUUACGUGGGAAGGACAGCAAUUCCAGGGAAAGGCAGCAAUUGUUGAGAAACUUUCUACUCUCCCCUUCUUAAAAAUUGCUCACAGUAUAACAGCACAAGACCACCAGCCCACCCCUGACAGCUUCAUAAUGAGUAUGGUAGUAGGACAACUAAAAGCCGAUGAGGACCCCGUCAUGGGAUUUCAUCAGAGUUUCAUCCUGAAAAACAUUAAUGAUGCUUGGGUAUGCACCAAUGACAUGUUCCGGCUCGCGCUGCACAAUUUCGGCUAAGGACACCAGAGGUGUGCAGGAAGGAUAUGAGGGAAGGCUGACGACACCUAAAUGCCCAACCUUCCCUCUGUAUCUUCCAUACCUGUUAGAGAAAUUACACCGGAUUCCAGAUGUCAAUCACAGAGACCUACAGGCACAUGGGCUACAUGCCUCCAACUGAAUUGAGAUGUGUUCCUUUGCUGAGAGCUCGCAGUCUCGUUCCCUACGCCAGUGUUUCCUAACCCCAGUACUUGAGUACCCCCAACAUUACAUAUUUUUGUUGUUGCCCCGGACAAGCACACCUGAUUCUACUUGUCAACUAAUCAUCAUGCCCAUGAUAAGUUGAAUUAGGUUUUUUUGUCUGGGCCUACAACUAAAAUGUGUGCUGUUGGGGGUAUGUGAGGACCGGAGUUGGGAAACACUGCCCUACGCUGACCUGCAUGAUGCUGGGGAGCUUGAAUAUCUGAAGAUGCCAGAAAAGGAAAAAAAUACCAACCUACCCGUUGGUCCAUUUUCUCUUCCAUUUUAGUUUUAUGUUUGGACUCAUUUCUUAGAUCCUGUUGUUUUCUCUUACUCCCCUUUGUGUUGUGGCUUGCCUUGGUGUAUACAACUACAUUUAGCUUAUUUUGUUAAGUUUAUAUUAACAUUCAUUGUCAUAUCAGGUUGCUACAGCGAUCCAAAGAAUCAUAGAAAAUAUGGUCAAUAAGACACCCUCCCCUCAGACCAGCAAGUUUUCCAUUUCCUGCUCACUGCUCUCUGUGACAAUGAAUACUAAAGCCACGAUACACGAUAAAAGUUGACUUUUUCUUAAUGAUUUCAGCUCAUUGUUCCUCUGCCUUUCUCUCCUUACACCUACCUCCUCACUCUUAUUUUAAUUGUCUUGGCAUUUUAUGGACAACCAUUUAGAUUCUAGUCAGGAGUUCUAUAGCACAGUGUUUUAUAUGAUCUGCUCUAUCACUGAUUUUCUCAAGCAAGAUGCAGACAAAAUGCAACAAAAAAAAUACAUAUUUAACCUGUCUCCAACCCUUCAUCCACAAGAGAAUUUAACAAGUGACAUCAAUAAGGAAUCAUGUCUUUUACCUGGUCAGUCUGUCAUGGAAAGUGCAGGUGUUCCUAAUGUUUUGUAUCAUCAGUGUAUAUGGACAUAUGUUUCCCAUUUUUUUUCUUUUUUUUCUAAACUGCCUUUUUUUUAGACAAUACUGCAUAAAUAGCCAAUAAUGAAUUGAAGGAUGCUCUUGACAAUUGGGAGCACUUUGUGCCAUCAGAGUACUUUUGGAGAAGUUUUGCAAGAGGGAACAGGCAUACAUCAAAUUAUGCCUUUUUUAUUUAGGUAUUUUUUACAGCAAUAAUGGUUGUAUACUCUGCCCUCCAUAUGUAUUUGGACAGUGAAGCCUAUAUAUAUCUAUAUAUAGAUUUGUCUUUAUUUUUACUAUUUCUACAUUGUAGAACUAUGAAAUAACAUGGAAUUAUGUAGUAAUGAAAAAAGUCUUAAACAAAUCCAAUUGUUUAUUUCAGAUUCUUCAAAGUAGCCACCUUUUGCAUUGACAGCUUUGCACACUCUUGGCAUUCUCUCAACCAGCUUCAUGGGGAAUGCUUUUCCACCAGUCUUGAAGGAGUUCCAACAUGUGCUGAGCACUUGUUGGCUGCUUUUCCUUCACUCUGUUGUUCAACUCAUCCCAAACCAUCUCAAUUGGGUUGAGGUCAGGUGGUUGUGGAGGCCAGGUCAUCUGAUGCAGCACCAUCACUCUCUUUCUUGGUCAAAUAGCCCUUACACAGCCUGGAGGUGUGUUUUGGGUCAUUGUCCUGUAGAAAAACAAAUGAUAGUCCCACUAAGCGCAAACCAGAUGGGAUGGUUUACUGCUGCAGAAUUCUGUGGUAGCCAUGCUAGCUAAGUGUGCCUUGAAUUCUAAAUAAAUCACAGUGUCACCAGCAAAGCACCAUCACACCACCACCUCCGUGCUUCAUGGUGGGAACCACACAUGCAGAUAUAAUCCGUUCACCUACUCUGCAUCUCACAAAGACAUGGUGGUUGCAACCAAAAAUCUCAAAUUUGGACUCAUCAGACCAAAGAACAGAUUUCCACCGAUCUAAUGUCAAUUGCUCGUGUUUGUUGGCCAAAGCAAGUCUCUUCAUCUUAUUGGUGUAGUGGUUUGUAGUUGUUUCUUUGCAGCAAUUCAACCAUAAAGGCCGGAUUCACGCAGUCUCCUCAGAACAGUUUAUGUUGAGAUGUGUCUGGUACUUGAACUUUGUGAAGCAUUUAUUGGGCUGCAAUCUGAGGUGCAGUUAACGCUAAUGAGCUUAUCCUCUGCAGCAGAGGUAACUCUGGGUCUUCCAGAGUUACGAAUCAAAAGUUUGGACAUCUACUCAUUACAGGGUUUUUCUUUAUUUGUACUAUUUUCUGCAUUAUAUAAUAAUAGUGAGGACAUCAAAACUAUGAAAUAUCACAUAUGGUAUCAUGUAGUAACCAAAACAGUGUUAAACAAAUCUUCAAAUUAGCAAACCUUUGCCUUGAUGACAACUUUGCACACACUUGGUAUUCUCUCAACCAGAUUCAUGAGGUAGUCACCUGGAAUGCAAUUCAAUUAACAGGUGUGCCUUGUUAAUUUGUGUAAUUUCUUUACUUCUUAAUGAGUUUGAGCCAAUCAAUUGUGUUGUGACAAGGUAGGGGUGGUAUACAGAAGACAGCCCUAUUUGGUAAAUGACCAAGUCCAAUUUAUGGGAAGAACAGCUCAAAUAAGGAAAGAGAAACAACAGACCAUCAAUUGCUUUUAGACAACAGAUGACGUGGCCUCCCCAGUCACUCAACCUCAACCCAAUUGAGACGGGUUGGGAUGAGUUGGACCGCAAAGUUAAGGAAAAACAGCCCCACACCAUCACACGUCCUCCAUGCUUCACGGUGGGAAUCGCACAUGUGAAGAUCAUCCGUUCACCUACGCUGUGUCUCUCUGUAUCUCAGAAUAUGUGGGAACACCUUCAAGACUGUUUAAAAAGCAUUCCAGGUGAAGCUGGUUGAGAGAAUGCAAAGAUUGUGAGAAGUUGUCAUCAAUGCAAAGUGUGGCUACCUUGAUGAAUCUCAAAUGUAAAACAUAUUUAGAUUUGUUUACUACAUGAUUCCAUGUGUUAGUUUGGACAGUUUUGACAUCUUCACUAUUAUUCUACAAUGUAGAAAAUUGUAAAAAAUCAAGUAAAAACCCUUGAAUGAGUUGGUGUGUCCAAACGUUUGACUGGUCCUGUUUGUGCAUAUAUAAACUCAGAAAAAAAAAGAAACAUCCCUUUUUCAGGACCUGUCUUUCAAAGAUAAUUAAUAAAAAUCUAAAAUAA